AGGCGAAUAGUCUGACGCCGCGCUUUCGGGGUAGUAGUGCGUCGUCGUGUGCCUCAUUUCGCGUGAACGCGUUUUUAUUCCCAUUUUUCCUUUGUUUUUUCUUUUCAUUUCGCCUUGAUUUUUGCAAUCCUUCGUUUCGUUCAACGAGCACGGCCACGCACGGGUUUUAUGAGUUUUACAGUGCACGCACGAAAUGUACGCUUACUCGCCGUACGCAGAAUUGUGAUUUGCUCAGCGAAAAAAGAAAACCACCAUCGACUGCUUGUGUGACAACGCGCCAGGGGUGUUCCACUCCAACAUUCCGACCUGUUUUUGUGUGUGUGUGUGUAUUGUGGGUUUUUUUUUUGGAAUAUUUUUUGCUGGCCCUCCCCGCAGCGGGCAGGCUCUGUCACGCUUGGUGUGGUGUGUGCUGGGCGAACGACGAUGAUGAUGGCGUGGUGCGGCGCUUUGUGAUGAAAUAAUGGAAAAGUACAGCCAAUGUGACGCAUCGUGCCAGAAGCAGCAGUGUGUUUUCUUUGAAAGAGGAGGAAGCAACCGACAGACGACAGCGUUAGCGUCAUCGCGCAACCGUCCAUUCCGUCCAGCGGGGUAGCAUUGAGUGGUAUUAGUAUUUACCACACGCGCGCACACACACAGACAGCAGCAUCUCCGAUGCCAACGCACUCUUACGCCGGCCACCACGGUAUGGCGACCUUAAACUACAGAACGCCCUCGGCGGCGCCAGCACCCGCGAACGGUGUUGGGUCGAUCCACCAGCAGCACCAACACCACCAGCAGCAUCAUAACCAUCACAGCAGCAGCAGCAGCAGCAACCACUACCACCACCUUCACCGGCCGCAGCAGCAUCUUCAUCAUCAUCCUGCUGCGUCCGGUGUGCCGAAAAGCAGCAUGCUGUCGAUGUACAGCGGACUGACCAUGAACAUUCCUCCCACCGGUGCCGGGGCGGCGGCAGGUGGUUAUCUGCACCAACAGCAGCAGCAGCAUCAUCAUCAACCGCAGCCACCGUCGUAUGCGCCUCCAUCUGCCCCAACAACAACAACAACAACAACAAUGGGGCAACAACCGACGGUCGUCCCGCCAGCGCCAGCAAUGGUUGAGGAGGAGGAGGAUGAUUUUUUGAGCGAAAUUACGAUCCAGUUUGAUGAUGAGGUGCAAACACUGUACGUAGGUCCGGUGGAAAUUAUUGACGGUAAAGGUGGCGGCGGCGGCGGCGGAGCGACUGAACCGACGAAGAAAGCAUCGCCACCGCCACCACAGCCGCCCGCAGCAACACCGGCGAGUGGCCGUUCGCGGGAACGCUUGCAGGAGGAGCGAGCGAUCGUCACACUCGAACCCGUUGGCGGCAGAACGAAAAGCCAACCAUUACCGAUGUACCUGCAGCAGCAACAACAGCAGCAUCAGCUGCAACAACAGCUGCAGCAUCAAUUGCAGCAGCAGCAGCAGCAGCAACAGCAGCAGCAACAACAACAACACAAGCAGAAUCAACUGUUGCAGAAGCAGAAGCUGAAGCAGAACAAGCUAAAGCAGCAGAAGCAGCAGCUGCGCCAACAGGAGCUCCAGCAGCAGGAGCUGCAGCGCCAGCAGGAGCUGCAGCGCCAGCAGGAGCUACAGCGCCAGCAGAAACAGCACGAGCAGCAGCAGCAGCGCCAGAAACAGCAGGAACUGCAACGGCAGCAACAGAAGCAGGAAUUGAAACGACAGCAGCAGCAGCAGCAACAGCAGGACGAGCUGCGGCAGCAGCGGUACAAUCAGCAGAUGAUGCUGAAGAAGCAGGCGCUGCAGCAGCAGAUCAAUCUCCUGAGCGACCAGAACCUGCUACCGAACGGCUUGAAGGCGUUUCACGAUAUACAGCUUCAGUUGAACGCGCAGCGUCUUCAACAGCAACAGCAGCAGCAGCAGCAAAAGCAGUCCCAGCCACAGUCGAAACCACUGCCGCCACCACCACCACCACCACCACCAUCAACACAUCAACCACCCGCGUACGUGAACAAUCAGCAGCUCAUCCAGGAGUUGCAUCAGCAGCAGCAGCUGGCACUGCAAUUCCAGCAGCUGCGUCAUCUUCAGAACAGUAUGUUCCCGUCCACGCUGCCGGAAUCUCACGCACCGCUGCCAGCGUCCGGGGCGGCGCAACCGGUGCUACCAUGGCCCAAGGUGUGCGUAAAACAGGCGCCGAUGCUUAACUUUGUACGACACAACGGCUCGCCCAGUGGUGGUAGCAGCAGUAGCAGCAGCAGUACUAGCAGUGGCUACUCGUCCAGUAGUAGGGAUGCCGGUGUGGUGGGAAGCACGAAACGACCACCGGCAGCAACCCCGUUGCCGAUGGAGCGAAAAGCGCCGCAGAAGCAGCUGGAGGCGGCAGCUUCGCACCCGGUGCCGACGCCGCGCCCUGUCCAGAUGACCGAAACGGGACCGCUGGGUGAUGUGGCGCCGGCCACGGUACUGCAAUCGCUACCGACACCGGUACAAACGGCCACCGUGCGGGCGGCAGUCGAAGCUCCCAAGGCACAACCGCCACGACCGCCGGUUGAAACGAUCGAACAGCAACAACCGACCGAGCUACUGCUGACACGACUCAAGCAAGAGCCUUUGUCCGAGGAAGUGGACGAGCAGGUGCAGGAGACGGAGAAAGGGGAGAAUAUUCCGGUGCCGGAACAGCCGAUCGUGACAACACCGUUCGUAGCGCCACCGGUAGCAUCAUCUCCGCGGCCACCAACACCCACACCGCCAGCCACAUCGCCGCCUCCCCUCGUCGACACCAAACCAACCAUCAUCAUCAUGCCCGAAGUGAACGUGUUUGAACCUGCUACAGCACCGGCGGCGGUGGCGGCAGUUCCCAUCGCUGCGCUGGAAACAAGCGUGCUGUCUGCUGUUGCCGCUGCUGCGUCAAUGACAGCGACCGCCACGGACGAGGGUGUGACGGCGGUGAAUGACGCAGUUGCUGUUUCACCGGUUGAAGCUGCUGAAGCUGCAGCAAAUGGCGUCGACGUAGCGGCGGCGGCUGCUGCCGCCGCUAUCGUUGCCCUUGGUGAGCGGGAGCGAAGCAAGGAUGAUGAAAUUCAGCAAGCCAUGACGAAUGGCGAUGAUGGUGGAGCUGUUGAUGUUGCUGCUGCUGCUGCUGCUGAGGCUGGCACGCAACAGACAACCGUGGAGGAACAGACGACGGAGGAGCAGCGGAAGGAGGCGGUAUGUUCACCCGCAUUGCCCGUGCAUGUGGCUGCGACUGUCGCCCCUAAACCUCUAAAACAACUGCAGCUAGCGCAAGCACCGCCUGUUGUGAAACGUGGCCGCGGACGGCCUCCGAAAUCAUCAUAUCAGAAAUCUCUUCCCUCGACCCCAACGGCAGCUCCUUCGAAACAUGUUCAAACGACACUUUCGACGGGACGGAAAAGUGGAAAAACUACACUUGCAAACAACAGCAAUGAAGGGAUUGCUGCUUCCAAUGCGUUGGCAAGCAGCAAUAGUAGUGAGCCACCAGGCGUAAAGGAAUUAGUAGUCCUACCGCCGGCUGCAAAGGUGAAAGUAGAACAUCGAGCACAAACAGCGGCUACUGAAGAAAGCGAAUCCGCAAGAACCGAACUCGUAAGCUCCUCCUCCCCCUCUCUACCUAUCUCGACCGAGCCCGCUGCAGUGGCUGCAAUGUGUGAAAAGGAACCGACAGUAAGCGACAAACCUUCCCAGCCCGAUGCUACGAAUGGUAGCGACGAACCUGCCGACACGGUGGCGCAAUCUGGCGAGCUGAAAAAGACUUCAAAGAAGAAAGGAUACAUAUCAGUGGCGAGCCUUUUCGCGCCCGUAAAGACUGCACGCAAGGAGCAGCAGGCACCACAGCAGACUCCAAAACAGGAACCCCCGGUGGAGGAGAGCAAUGAUGAGUCGGCAGCAGCACCUGUUGUGGGGAGUGAAACGACUGAAUCUGCAUCGAACGACCAACACCAACAACUACCAACGAAUGUAGCUGAAGUGAGUGCGAGCGUUGCCGAGGACGUAGCUGAAAAUAAGACUGAGCAAAGCGUAUCAUCACCACAACCCGCGGUCGAUACGGCACACGAUGAUAUGAUGGAAGUGAACGGGCUUAGCAACUUACCGGAAGCGACCAAAGUGCAGCCGGUUGUGCUUCCGGCGGAAGUGCCGAAAGAGAGCGGCCGGGAGGGCAGCGUUGCUAGUGGCGACAGUGGGGAGUCUUGCGCUUCGUCCUCAUCCACAGAAGAAGCGGUCGGCGUAGCGAUAGAGGUGACGAAACAGUCGACCGCAGGGCCGGUGGGUGUGGACACGCUGAAAGAAUCUUCCCCUGCCAGUGACAGCGGUAUCGAAUCGGUGAACGAAUCUGGCACGCCGGCAGCUAGCAGCAGUGUGCCGAAAAGGCCCCGGGGACGCCCAAAGUCCACCGUGAGCUUUGCGGGUGCGUCAGCCAAGGAAGACAAACCGUCCCAGCAGCCGGAUCAGGCAAAGCUGCAGCAGCAGCAGCAACAGCCGCUGGUUAAGGAGGAAAAAGAGCUGAAACCACGCCCUGCCCGACGCAAAUCCAUCCACAAUGCUAGCCUCGCCAGCGAGAAGGAAGACGGUGCAGAAGAGGAGGAAUCGGCGGUGGUAGCGACGCCGGCUCGAACCGCCGGGAAGCGGGCAGUGCGUACCGCGCGCAAACCGUCCGUCAAAGCGAAGGAAGCGGCCGAAUCGGCGGAGGUCGAACAGCAGGCUGCUGCAGAGGCGGUGGCGGUUGCGGUGGCAACGUCGGCAGGUGGCGAGGCCGGAACAAAGUGUAGUAAGUGUGAGCUGUGCUUCAAGACUGAGCUGUGGUACAGGAAGCAUCUAAUCAACGUUCACGGCAUGGAGCCGGAGGAGGUAACACGAUUGUUGUUGGCGGAGGGUAGCAGUGAGAGCAAAGGUUCGUCGCCUGCUGUUCCAGAAGUGGCAGCAGCAGCACCAGAACCAGCGAUACUUACGAACGGUGGCGAUGAGACAACGAAGCAAGUGUCGACCGUCGGUGAAACGGUGGAAGCAGCUGCUGCCGUUGCCGACGAAAGCUUACAAAACGGGCACAGCGACGAAGUGGCGCAAACGACGAACCUUUCACCAGUGGCCGCAGUUCCUUCCAAGCUUGCUCAAACGUCACCGUCGACGGGACGAAAAAGGAAAUCAACGCCCUACCAUGAAGAGGAGGAACCUUCUGUUCCAACCUCAACCGAUGCGUUGGCAGGCAGCAAUAACAGUGAGCCCGCACUGCCCGUAAAGGAAUUAGUAGUCCUACCGCCGGCUGCCAAGGUGAAAGUGGAACAUCGGGCACAAAAAGCGACCACCGAGGAGACCGAAUCUCCCCCGACCGAGCUUGCCCCGGGGCAGCAGCUCGCGAAGCGGCGCAAAUCGAGCAUUACGCCCAUCGCCACCGAAGCAACGAAGCAGGAGAAGCCCGACCCGGACGAUCCGGACAAGCUGACGCCGUUCGAAAGCGCCAAGGUGACCGUGCUCGAGUCGGAGAUGACGGGCGAAACGCACUACACGUGCACGAUCUGUGGCGGCCAGUUCACGGGGAAGGCCACGAUCAAGGAGCAUCUCGACACGGUGCACGCGGCCAUCAAGCGCCGGUCGUGCGAGUACUGCGGCCGCACCUUCCUGCAGACGGGCGAUCUGACGCGCCACGUGCGCAUCCACACGGGCCAGCGGCCGUUCAAGUGUCCGGUGGUGGAGUGCAGCUUCGCCUUCAUCUCGUCCGGCGAUCUGCACAAGCACGUGCGGCGCCACAACCAGCAGCCGAUGCCGAAGCCGCACGUGUGCGACCAGUGCGGCAAAGACUUUGAGCGCUCGUACGAUCUGAAGCGGCACAAGACGAUGCACGCGAAGAGCGAACCCGACUUCAAGGGCAUUACGUGCGGGGUGUGCGGGAAGGUGUUUGCCCGGCGCGACCAGUUCCGGGCGCACACGUACCGGCACAUCGGCUAUCGGCCGUACCAGUGCGAGAUCUGUGGCAAAUCGUUUACCGAUCCGAGCAACUACUCCAAGCACGCCCGGCUGCACGAGAUGGACGGGGUGGAGGUGGUGUGCAACUUCUGCAACCGGCCGUUCAAGAACAAGAGCGCCAUCUCGAAGCACAUCUUUCACUGUCAGCAGAAGAUGGCCGGUGCUGCGACGAACAACAAGGGCGAAAAACGGGACGGUGCUUCGAAAAAGGGAGCCAGCAAGGAGGGAGGAGGCAAGAAAAGUCGCCGCGUUGGUGUGGCGAUCGGGUACAGCAAGGAUGGUGGUGCUAGUGGUGGGGGGAUGAUGGUUAAACCGAAGCAGGAAAAGGCGGCCGACGAGUCCGAGCAGCCGGUGGUGGCGAUGGAAACGUCGCACGGAGGCGCAGCUAUGAACGGUGCACGCACAAAGCAGGCGGCGAAGAAGAAGCACAAGCGGCGACGUAUGCGAACGCCUUCCUCAACCGAGGAGGAGGACGAUGAGGGCGAGGAGGAGGAGAUGGAUGAUGACGACGACGACAGUGGGGACGAUUUUCGACCCGACACAUCCGAGCUGACCAGCUUGGGCGUGACGGUGAAGCGGGAACGGCGCAGCAGAAAGAGUGGUGGCGUUGCAGUAGCGGCUGCCACGGAGGCGUAAGGCAGGAGGAGGAGAAGAGAACAAGGUGUUUAUAAACUCCACGUGUGCGCGAUGCUUAAGGUUUUAGUAGGAGGAGGAGGAUGGGAGGAGUGUUCAGUACUUCCAGUUGCUGUUUUUUUUCAACGCUCAACUCACAGUAGGCGACGAGGAACAUUCGGGAUAAUCGUGUGUACAUGGUCCAACCAGCUUGUUUGGGGCUGGAAAGUUUAUGAUAAGCAAUAAUGGCAUACAUACCGUGUGUAUGUGUGUGAUAGAGAUAUUAUAUACAUACAGAGAGAGAGACAGAGAAAUGGUGGCCUGCAUUUUCGCUGCAUUAGUAGAGGUAGCGUGCCAAACGGUGGUACUGUGAGAGGUCUUCGUAUAUUCGAUUUAAUUGAAAUACUAUACUGCAAGGGAACUGUGAAAGUGGAAAACAAUUAGAAUUGAGAAGAGAAAGUAAGAGAUAGAGAUAGAGAGAGUCCUAUACCUUUUUGUGUGGGACUAUAUUUUACACUUACACCUACUUAAAAGUGGUCUUAGCCUGGUAGGAUAGGAGAACCUAGAGGGACCUCCCACAGAUUUGUGGAGAAUCUUGAAUUAUCAUCGUCAUUAUCAAGCAAAGUUAAAACAAGCAGAAAACAGAGAGAGAGAAAGGGUUCGUCGCUUACACUCUUUCCAUUUUUAAAUGCGACUGUAUUUUUAAUGCGUUUACAAUGGAGGGGUGUUUUCUUAAACACUAAACCGUGCAGCUAAAGCGCGCGCUCGCUCUCUCGCUUUCGACAAGGACAAUGGCAUACGAAGCAAAAUUAAAGCUACUAGUUCCCAGUCGGGCGGAAGAAAGGUUCCACGUUUCGAUGAUGCAAGCGCCAAUAUCAAUCUCUCCAUAGUGUUGCAACUUUAUUCGAACGAUUCUCUUAACUUAUUCUACCCACAGCAGCAACAACAACAACACAAAUGGCAAACAGAUUCGCCUCUCCACCAAGCAAGCUCCCCGUUUUGCGUUAAUGUACUAUUUUCUCUAAGCGCUUUUAGUUUGUAAGGUAUGCAGCAGCAUUAUGAGUAGUUUUUUUUCUUCAUUUAAUUUCUUUUUUGUACGUACGCCCUAGAAUUUGAUAAGUUAAUUUGUAACAUAUACAUAUACUUGCCCGCGAGACCGCCGCAGCACACCUGUUUUGUCCCCUGUCACACUGUUCCAACCAGUGUCUUAUUUUUCUCUCUCUGGCUCGCAUUUCGUGUUUCGCAUUUAGUUUAAAAUGAAAAUCCCAGAACAAACACACACACAUGUACAGGAGAAAGGAGUAGUGAAGCAAGCACAAAAGCGAAUUGUUUGCCGAAAGCAGUUUUUUGCUCUAGUGAUAAGCAUGAAAAGACAACAAAACGAACACGGUUUUUUUUAAAACAUUCCGGACAGUUUUUUUUAGGUAACACAGACACAGCAUUUCUUCUUGAAUUCUUGAACUCUUUGUGGGUGGUUUUUGUUGUUCAUUUUGGGAUAAAUAUCGCCACUUUGAAAAGAUCAAGCGACGAGCGCCGCGUGUGUCCAUAAGAGUAUUCCAUUUUGCAUUUUCCCUUUUCAUUGAUCUAUUGAAACUGAAAAAGGCAGCAGAAGCAGCAAUGAUAAGCAAACAAAAAACACUAAUCAAAGGCUUUUGUGUGUGUUGUGGCGGAACACAUUUUCUUUUCGAUGGUGUUGUGGUUGUCGUAACGGGCCAGAAAUACAUUUCCAUAUGCGGUUUUGCCUAUGCUUGGUGUAACAAAGAGCCCCAGGUGUAAGAUAAAUGGCGAAAAGCGAUAACAAUGAUAGUGUGUGUGUAUUCCUUUUGUUUUGCGUUAGCACAGUAACAACAACAACAAAAAAGACAGAUAUUAUUUGAUUUAUAUAUUGCUGACAAUAUUAUAAUACAUAUAUUAUUAUUAUUCCAAACUUUUUUUUCCCUUCCUCCCUAAUAUUUUUUUUUGGCUUAGUGUGUGAACUCUUGAACCGAAGAAUAGGGAAGGAAGGAAGGAAGAAAGAGAGAGAAAGAGAGAAAAACGCCUACAAUGAUAGCAUUCCCGAAAUAUACAAGUAAGCAAAUACACAAAACAUUUUGGAACAAAACAAACGGAAGGGGAAAGAAAACAUAAUCAAACGUGUAAGAUUUUUGGAGCGGUAUUUUGUGUGGAAAGAUAUGAUCCUAAACAAUCCCCCAAACAGAGUGUGAUUAAAGUAUUUUGAGAGAGGGAACUUUAAAAUUAAACGAUUUUGCCACUCGCGUGGACUAUUUUGGAGUUGAGACGGGAAAGGGUGAAAGAAAGUUAUUUGUAAAAAAAGGGAAAGAAACACAGGCAACGAAGGAAAAAGACACACAUUUUUUGUAUUUAAAAGGAACGCCGACGAAAAACCACAAAUAAAAUGUAGCCAACGGUCACUAA